UAUGAUACGAUUUUCAUCAGUUCGUUAGUUGUUGAAUUAAAUCUCUUCCGAUAUUAAAGAAUACUGUGAUAUCAAAUUCGUUAAAUAAAAAGAAAAAAUGAUUUUUUUCGAAUGUUUUAUUCUUCUUGCGCUGGUUGUGAGCGGUCAAUGUUUCCCAAAACCUUAUGAUGAGAAUGUCAGUUACGCGUACGACUUCCCGUACAUGUCUCGUAGCGAUUGGGGCGCGCGGCCGCCGGUGAACACCGUUAGUCUCUCUCUACCAGUGCGUUACGUUAUCAUCCACCACAGUUACAUACCCGGCCCAUGUUCAACUACCAACCAGUGCAUCAACGCCAUGAGGAGCAUGCAAAACUCACAUCAACUGCACCAGGGCUGGGAUGAUAUUGGAUAUAAUUUCGCGGUCGGUGGCGACGGAGUGGUGUACGAAGGUCGCGGUUGGUACAACGUUGGCGCUCACGCUAUAGGAUAUAACUUCGAUAGCAUUGGCAUUGUUCUUAUCGGCGAUUUUGUUUCUCGUUUACCACCCGAAAUACAACUGAAUGCUGCUAAAAGACUCAUAGAAAAGGGUGUAGAACUGGGCCACAUAAGUCGGGAUUACUAUCUACUCGGCCACCGACAAGUUACCGCAACCGAGUGCCCCGGCAACGCCCUCUUCAGGGAAAUCACGACGUGGGAUAGAUUCGCGAAUUACAAUAUGUAAACAAUCGAACAAAGAAAUUAAAUUAAAUAGUAAUAAUUGCAAGAAUUUGGGCUAAUUUAAUAU